GUGUGUGUGUGUGUGUGUGUGUGUGUGUGUGUGUGUGUGUGUGUGUGUGUGUGUGUGUGAGUGUGAAGGAGAAUGACGCACACGAACACGACUUCAGGCAAAGCAAGGAUGGAUCACGGGGAGGAGUUUGUGGAUAUCCUGGAGGAGAGGAGGCGCAGCUGGGACCUCGGCCAUGCCCUCAGGACCUUUAAACCGCACCCCUACCAAGGGGGGCCACCCUGCUCCACGGCCGAGCUUAACAAAGCCGUGCUGGAGUCCCAGAAUCUACGCUACGUGGCCGAAGAGAUCGCCAUGGAGACGGGGUCGCCGGUGGUGGAGGUGAGGGAAGAGGCUCGCAGGCUUCUGGAUGAAAUGUCUCACAACCUGCAGCUGAGCUCUAUCCGGCUGAUGGGCUACACCUUAACCAAGGUGGCCAAGAGGCUCUUCAGCAGCAUCUACGUCAACAUGGAGGGCCUCAGCAUGCUCAGAAAAGCCACCCAGGAGACGCCUGUCAUCCUGAUGCCCAAUCACAAGAGCUACAUGGACUUCUUAGUCAUCUCCUACAUCCUGUUCACCUACGACAUCCCUGUUCCUGUUAUCGCUUCAGGAAUUCCUCUAUCAGGGAUGAAGAUGGUGGGAGAGAUACUGCGUCGCUCGGGGGCGUUUUUCAUCCGCCGCGCCAUCGGCUCUGACAAACUGUACUGGGCAGUGCUGUCGGAAUACGUCAAAACCAUUGUCAGGACAGGAUACGCUCCCCUGGAGUUUUACGUGGAAGGGUUGAGGAGUCGCACACUGAAGUCGCUGACUCCGAAGUUAGGUAUGAUGCACAUGGUGCUGGAGCCCUACUUUAAGAGUGAGGUGUUUGACACCACACUGGUUCCCAUCAGCAUCAGCUACGACAGGGUGCUGGAGGAGUCGCUGCUCGCCCACGAGCUGCUGGGUGUCCCCAAGCCCAAAGAAAGCACCACAAGUCUGCUGAAGGCCACCAAAGUGCUCCAGGAAGAUUAUGGCGCCAUGUAUGUGAACUUCGGCCGCCCGAUGUCAGUCAGACAGAUGUGCGAGGGCAAGAUUAACCGCUGCCAGUACAACCUCACACCCAGGGAUCUGCCUCAGAAGCCCACAGCGGAGGCUCAGGCCUGUGUGAGCUGGCUGGCUCAUCUCAUGGUGCGGGUCCAAGACGAGGGCUCUGUGAUCAGCCCGUGGUCUCUGAUGGCCUGCGUGUUGCUCCAGGCUCCGAUCACAGCGCUAACCGACGAGGGUCUGCUGUGGCAUCAGCUCACUGGAAAAACCCUCUGGCUCAGGAAGCUGGUGCUGGACUGCGGAGCUCGUCUGAACUGGCCUGCACAAACGCCUGACUCGGAUGUGAUGUCCUCCGCUGUGGCCCUCCAUCGCUCCGUAGUUCAUCUGAAAGCCGGGCGUGUCUACCUGGUUCAGGAGGAAGAGCCGGCGAGGAGGCAUCCAAUCAGCCCACAGGAGAGGGUGAAGAGGACGGCGUCUGCGGUGCUGAUGCUGGCCUCCUACAGGAAUCAGUCGCUGCACGUUUUUGUGCGUCCGGCCCUGGUCGCCACGGCCUUACACAUCACACAGAGCACACAGAGGGACGAGCUCUUCGCCUUCUUCUGCUUUCUGCAGGAGCUCUUCUCCUACGAGUUUGUCUCCAUCCCGGGCGAGUUGUCUCAGGAUUUUGAGGAGGCGUGUUCCCUCCUGAAGGAAUGUGGAGUCGUCCACAUCAGCCAGCAGGAAGUGACGCCUUCAGAGGGGGGGGUGGAGACGUUAUCGUUCCUGCGGGCUCUCAUUCAACCCUUCAUAGAUUCAUACCAGGUGAUGCUCAGGUACCUCUCUGAAGAAGGCGUUCAGGUGCUCACAGAGAAACAGUUCCUACCUGCGGUGAGAAACCUGGCUACAAGGCUCAUCCUCUCAGGUGAGCUGGACACCUAUGAGGCCCUCUCAUCGGACACCCAGAAAAACCUUUUGCUGGCCCUGCGGCGGCUGGAGGUUGUGACAAAGUCCAGGGCCUCCGAGGAGAACGAAUUCAGCGUGAACAAAGCUGCCGUCAGAACAAUUGGAGACGUACUUUCUGGGAAAAUCCCCCCCCAGAUGCUCCAGACGACACCUGACGCAAGACUUUAGUCUCUGUUUGGAACGGAUCCAACUUCGGGAAUCAGCCCACAGUCCUGUUAACCCCUGCUCGACCCUUUUCACCCUUCCUGACAUCACAUCUUUGUAUCUCCUACUCGUCUUCGGUCUGUGCCUUUCCUGCAGCCAUCAUCAAUACAACUGCUGAGACAAGAUAUAUCUAUUUAAGAUACGUAACUUGGCUGCUUUCCAAUCGGUCUCUGGGUUCUCGUUCUCAACCUUUACCUGUCUAAACAGACAAUAAGAGGGAUAAGAACAGGGAUAAGAUAAUAUGCCAAAAAGUGACAUUAUUGCAGAUUUUUUUAACAGCUAUAAUCAGAAAGAAAGACAUUUUAGAGAGACACAAGUGUUUUUCUAGGCCUCUAACUUUGCCAUUCUGAAUGAAUAACUGACUUGUCUUAAUAUAUUUGUAACAUUCUGUCUUUGAUUAAUUAUCGAUUGACAUGCUGACAUAGUAAGUGCAGUUAGAUAGUAACAACUCAACUUUGUACCAACGUCCAUGUAGCGAUCAAGGUCUAAUUACAAUAACGAUGUCAAAUCACUUUGUUUGAGACGUUUAUUUGAACUUCGUUACAUCUCAAUAAAUAUGUAAAACAGUUGUAACAAAA